GAAAUCCUAUAUCUUGCAACAAUUUCUGUAGUUUGUUAUGCAAAAAUUUGGCUCAUAUAUGGUCUUGAAAAUUUUCUGUAGAUUGUCUUAUUAUAAUGAAUUAGAGUCCUGGAACUUGGCCUUGGUGGUAUUUGCAGUUUGGAUAUGUUUUGCAGUUGAUUUCUUCUCUGUGGACAUUAUAUCAAUCCAUCAUAUUAUUGCAUUCUUCGUGUUUGCAGCAUGAUGCCAUAUUUUUUUAUCAGAUUAUAAGACUUCUACCAUGUUCUUAUAAUUCCUCGUUGCUAUAGUUUUUUUCUUUUUGGUGAAUAUCACCUGUUUCUACCGUUGCUCUUGUAUUUCUGAAACCUUGGGUUCUAAUUAAAUUGUCUCUAUGUAUGUUUAACAAUUCUGCACAACGUUCUGCAUGGUUUGCUGGCGUGAUGGAUUCAGCAAUAAAUCGAUCUACUAAAAGUAAGUCUUGAUGUUUUUUUCAUUAUGCAAGGAUUAUCACAUUUAGACUUGAUUGGAUGUUACCUCCAUAAUUUCCUUGCAAGAGCCACAUUAAUCAGUUGUUUGUUCUCACUACAUGCGACCGGUUUGCUAUAGCUUGUGUUGUGGUCGUGCAACUGAAACUAUUUUGAUGGAACUGAGAAAUACUAUAUCUGUGGAAUCUUGGCUCAUAUAUGGUCUUGCAACUAUUUUUGUAGUUUGUUAUGCAAAAAUUUUGGCUCAUAUAUGAUCUUAAAAAUUUUCUGUAGUUUGCUACUUUCAAAAAUUAGAUAUAGUGACACAUUGAUUCUUUACAACAUUUGAAAUUUCCUUGUGCUAUAGCUUAUGUUGUGGUCGUGCAACUGAAACUAUUUUGAUGGAACUGAGAAAUCAUAUAUCAUGAGAAAUUAGCCUACUCAGGUUACAGAGUGCAAGUACAUCAUUUUUUUUUUUCCAAACUGAUGGUUUGUCCAAUACCAAAUCACAUGUUCAUUUCGGACACAUCCUGUUUCUCUCCACCGCUAUUUGUAAUAUUCAUAUGACAUGGUAUGCUGAGCUCUUCCCAGUACUCUCCACCGCUAUUUGAAAAAUGUGAUAAGUAGACUUUUUAUAUGACAUAGCGAACCGAUAGUCAAUAAAAUAUUCAGUUAGCCGAUGGUAAAUAAAUGUAACAAUAGAAACUAUAUGGAAAAAACAGAUUUUCUUUUCAAUUGUCACCAUGCAUCGCAUGUCCAAUAGGUCCCAGAGAGUGACAAGGUAUGCUGAGCUCUUCCCAGUCCGUGGAUAAAGGAGUAGAUCCUAUCCUGACCGUGGUGCCUUUUUUCCCCUAACUAUAUUAAUACGUUGAGUUGCCUUGAGUUAAACUUAGUGAUGCAGGAUUGCUGAAUGGGUGAUUGAAUACUUAAUAAAAUUAGGAUGUUAGACCAGGAUGCUUCUACCUUUUGAUUAACAACGAUGGACAAAAUAGAUUCAACCAAUUUCUAUUUGAGUUGUUCCUCUGAAUGAUUAAUGUGGCUCUUGUCACGAACAAUUAGUAACAGAGAUGGACUACUACCAUAACAUGACUUAUUGUUAAAUUUUGAUUUUUUUUGUUGGGCACUAUAGACUGUCAAAUAUAUGUUUUUCUAAGAAAGCUGAUUCCACCUGUACAAACAACACAAUCAGUUCACUGCUAGCCCAAUGGUGCCAACUAAUGUUACUCAAAAGAGAACAUUUGCAGACUUCUCCUAUCGCCCAGCAGUUCCUAGAUUUCAAUUAUUUGACGACAUUGAAUAUUUGGACUUGGAGAGAUUAAGGAGUGUCGUUGUUAGGAUAGAUGUCAAGUUCCCGGUCUCUCGUCAUCGUGAUAGCCAACACUUUAUUCUCAUGGAUAUCAAUGGAUCCAAAAUAGAAGCAAUUGCAUCGAACAACAACGUUGAGAGAUUCAACACUUUACUCGCAGAAGGGUGCGUUUAUACCCUGCAUGAUGUGAGAUUCCAUCCUAACUUGGAGGAGGCGGUGCUGCUUCGGAAUAUAGGGCAUCGGUAUGAGUGUGCCUUGAACGACCGUACUAGGGUUGAGCCGUAUACCAUGCCUAUUCAAUUUCCGCUCUAUCCGAAGCAUCUCAUGCCAAUCCAUGAAGUGUACCGACGUCCUAACAAGACGUUUGUAGAUAUAGCCGGAGUUGUUGUGCACUGGUGUAAACUUGAGCACGUUGGUAACAAAAAACCCUAUAGGGAGGUCAUACUCAUGGACGAAAGGUUCAACCUCAUAGUUGUUGGAAUUUGGUGUGAGAUUUUAGAGCUAGUAUACGAUAAGCUUGCAAUCUGCGGGAAAUAAUAAACAUGUUAUCAUUGGCACCAUGCUAAAAUUGAACAAGAUACACAGGUGUCUAGAGACUUCAGUUCACACGAGUUUUGCAUUCAAUCCAACUAAUCUGCAAACCCGUAAACUGCAUGUUCAUCAUGAUGCUGUGAAGCAGCUCGUACUCCGUUGGCCCAACUUUUUGUUCAUUGGCCAAUCUGGUGCAACAAUUUACUUUGCCUUGUGAUGGGGAUCACUUAUCGUCCACAAUCCUCCAAGAUGGUGCAAGCCACACCAUCCGUUCAGCAUGAACUUGAUCAGCCUGAAACAAGCACAUUCUUGUCAAAUAGGUCAUUGGAGCUCCAUUAGGUUCAGAUGGAGCACAUCUUCCAGACUUGUUGGAAGGUGUGUGCUCUGGUGAUGUCCAAAUCAAACAUGCAGCAAGACAACUUCGGCACUCGCUACAUGCGAUUUAUUCUCAGCGACAGCAGAAUGGAUUCUUUGAAGGAUCAGAAAGAAUCAACUGGUAUAAACCCCGAUGUUCAGAUGUUGGAAGGGACCAAGAACACAUUGAGUUGUACACUAUCAAAUGUUAUAACACGACAUAACAAACCAAAGAAGAUGCAUAUAACUAGAGUUGCCCCGCAGGAUUAUGUUUGUACUGGAGAAGAUAUUGCCAUUGUCGAAUCCAUCAAAUCAUCACCUGGAAAUAGAAUACUCGUGGAUAUCGACGAUGCAUUCGUAGAUAAGUUCCAUUUUGAAUGCCUUCUACAACCUAACGAGUUCUUAAAUGAUGAAGUCAUAAGCGCAUAUAUCCAUUGUAUAAGGGCUGAAGAGCAUCUACAUUAUAGGGGUGGUGCAAAAGUCUUCCUAGAGAAUACUUACAUUUCUAGCAUUUUAAAGCGUGAUGGCGAGCUUGCGAUGGACAAAAUAGAUCCUAGCCAUGACACCAUCAAAAAAAGGGUGGACAAUUAUCUGGAGCAUGACAUGGUAUUCAUUCCAAUUAACAUCACACGAUGCCAUUGGUACCUAGCAGUUGUGAACGCUAAAAAAUGUGAGAUACAUAUUCUUGACUCACUAGGGCCUAUAAUGAAUCGCAACGAUCUCACUCUUACUAUAUGUGGAUUGGAGAAACAAAUAAAUAUUGCAUCACAGUUGAAAGAGCUUAAAGACCACAAGUGGCAGGACCUCAAGGUUGGAACAUGGCCUGUUAUAGAGAAAUUCUCAGAGGCAAUGCAAAUUGACAGCGUCUCUUGUGGCCUAUUCAUGCUAAACUUCAUGGAGUACUGGACAGGAGAUACACUAUCUGAUAGUGUGACUCAGGAAAGAAUGGAUUCGGAGCUCUAAGCCUCAACUGAUUAGCUUAAAUCUAAAAAAGGUUCAGGAAAUAAUUGAUGUGCAAAAGCCUAUGGACAAGGAUUGUUUCAACAUGGGUGUGAGGAUGUUCGCUUGCGACGAGAUCAACUUGUUAAUGGAUAACCAAUAUCACUACAUGGACCUUCAGUUCUGGUUGUUGUGUGACUUCGGACGACAUCCGAAAUAUAAAAGGAAGCUUGAUGUCCAGUUGUUGGCAAAAACGUUUGAUAUGUGGCCUGGGAUGGACUACAAUAUUUCACAGUGCAAAUUGAUUCUAUUGCCGACAUAUCAGCACGGACAUUUCAUACUAUUUGCAUUCGACAUGGUGGCUAGAAGUGUAUCGAUAUUGGAUCCACUGCCUAUACCGGAUUGGUUUAAAGGACAUGAACCCAUAUGCUUCUAUCUGUUGAAAACUCUCAAAAUUUCCAAUAAAUUAAAUCUAGCUCUGGAAGUAGCAAACCCCUUGUGGAUUGACGACAUAUGUGAUUGGCGUCGUAUACUACCAAUUUGUGUUUCAAAGACAAAAGAUUGGUUUGACUCGGGGUUUUUUGUUAUUAACUUCAUGCACGCAUGGAAUGGUAAACAACUGCAACCACCGAUUUGCACGGAUGUGCACGAACUAAGGAAGAAGUUUCUGGUUGACUUGCUGAAAUACAAUGGGAAUGAAUCUAAAGACAACAUCCCUAAAGUUGUACGAGAAUUAGUUAAACGCAUCAGAUAGUGUAUCUUUUUGGAAUGAGAUAUU